ACAUGGACGACAUCUAGGAGAUUUUGGAUAAAAUUCAUAUGAGUCUUUCAUGAACAAGUGUUUUUAUUUUGAUGAUUAUUAUUCGUGAAAAAAAUGACCGAAAAUCAAAGUUCUAAUAUCAAUAAUUAUAAAAAUAAAUUAGAAAAGUUUCAGCCAACAAUUUCACAAAUAAUUUGUAAUGAACAAAAAGACGAUGUCUUUAUUAAAUCAUUACAAGAUGAAUCGAACGCUAUUUUUAAACAAUUUUUUCGUGCUCGUCUCUGGAUUCAAUGGCAACCGAUAAUUGAUGAAAUCAACAAAUCCAUCUAUUAUCUUUUAACCACAGUGUCUGGCCAUCAAACAUUGGGUGAAGAAUAUUGUCAGAUAAUUUGCAUAGAUUAUAAUCAAUAUUUAAUUCCAUCACUUUGGCGACGUUUGACGUUGGCUGCCAUCUAUUCUUUCCGAACAAGAUUUGUAAAUUUUUUCAAAAAUCUGGCCACCAACAAUGAUCAUAAUCAUGAUGGAAUGGUAGCAGAAAAUCUUCAAUUUUUAAUUGAUUCGAUUAAAAAAAUCAAUGUUGCAAUAUUUUUCCUACAAGGUCAAUAUCCUGAUCUUAUUAAACGAUUUUUAUCAAUCAGAUAUCUAUCCACAUCUGUGAAAUCAUCAUCUACAGAUUAUAAUCAAACAUCAUUCAAAAUAUUGUCAUUUUUGACAAUAAUCCAAGUGAUCUUAUCAUUUUAUGCAAAAUAUAUGAUAAUAACAAAAAAAUCAAAAACUAAACACAUCAAUAUAUCGAUAGAUAAUACGAAAGAAUCGAUACAUUCUCAUAAUAAUGAUGGCAAACGUUGUCCAUUAUGUUUUUCAUCAUAUCAAAACCCGACACUAUUGUUUUGUGGCCACAUUUUCUGUUGGGAUUGUCUAUCCGAUUGGAUGUUAACAACAUCGACAUCCGCACGACAACAACAAGGACAUUUCGAACGAAAGGAUGAAUGUCCUAUAUGUAAAAUGAAAAUUAAUGAUACAAAACAAUUUGUUCUUUUACAUAAUUUUUAAUAAAAUUUAUCAAUCGAUGAAUAUUCGACCGUUUUCAUUCA